GCGGAAGUAACUCCAUGUUUACGGAAGACAGGUCAAAUAAUUCACCCAUGGAUUUAACCUACUCAGUAAACCCGUUGCUAAAUUGACAUUUUAAAGUAUUUUUUAUUUGAAUGUUGUCUCUUGUCUAGGUCUCUUGUUGUAGGUAGUUACAUUUGUCGUCAUGUGGGACCAUGAAAUCAGAGCCAUGGCGUCGACGCACGCUAUCCUCGCCGCCUCGGUGUUCAUGGCCACCGUGCUACCUGCGGCGGCAGUGCCGGGCUUCUCGGUGUACGGGACUCACCUGCUGUGGCUCUACUCGGUGUCCGGGGCCGUGACCGCUGUCAGUGUGGCCGUCUUCUGGCUGCUGGGUAUCACACCGCCCGCCAAGAAGCACACCGUGGGAUACAAGCUCUCUCGGUUGUUUCGUUCCUGUCUGUACUUCUUCCUGUCGUGCCUGUUCUUCCACACUGUGGUGGUUCUCUAUGGAGCUCCACUGAUUGAAUCCGCCUUGGAGACGUUCUCCCUCUCUGUGCUGCUGACCUCUCUCACCACUCUGAGGUGUCUCUGUGUCCUCGGCCCCAACGUCCAGGCCUGGAUACGAGUGUUCAGCCGGCAUGGGGCUAUGUCUGUGUGGGACACCUGUCUACAGAUCACAGUGGCCUGCACACUGGUAGGAGCCUGGGUGGGAGCCUUUCCUAUUCCUCUGGACUGGGACAGGCCCUGGCAGGCGUGGCCUGUUUCCUGCAGUCUUGGCGCCACCAUCGGCUUCCUCACCGGGCUUGUUGCCGCUCCAGCCUGGAUCCACUUUCACCGCAAACAGCUCACUUACAAGUGCAAGUGAGGGGCCGACAUACGUGUGUGUGACCAUGAGGGCAUCCCUCGUAUUCCUGCUGUAUUCCUUUUACCUUGUACUGAUUAUUUAUUGGGAACAUUGUCUCCGUUUGCUGCCUGUUGACAAGAUGAUUUGCAAUAACACAACACGGUAUGAGCAUCAUUAUUUUGUACCCAUGAAAGCUGAUAAAGUUCCUGAAGAGUUUUGACAUGAAUUGAAGUUUUGGAAUAAAAGAUAAGGAGUCUAUGACUAA